AGCGACCAGCGUCGUCAUUCCCAGUGACUCAUUGACACGACAAGUUGGCCAGUUGUUGAUAUCGCCAACGCUCUACUAGCUAGUUGCUGAUUUUCGCCAAAUCUGUACAGACGACCUAAAUGUCGAGAAGUACUGCUCCAACCUCUCCUUCGAUACCGACGCCCUCAAUAUCUGCCAGCCCCCAGGCUGCAGACGGCGCUCCCAACGAAGCCUUCGAAGCUCUCAUCGAUCUCUUGGCCUCCGACGGGAUAGACGAUGUACCACCGGCGUCUGCUGUUCCCCGCCGGGCUCGAAGUACUUCAGGCGGUGCUGUGCUCAGAGAUGCAUCUGGAAGACUUGAUUUUGAGAAGAUAUGUAGUAUGUUUGAAUGGCAAAACUUGACUGCGAGUCAAGGAGGGGCACCAGUGGGGUCUAUCGUGCCAGAUCAACAGGUGCCAGACUCUCUUGGAGAAAGUGUCAAGACAGGUGUGGACGACCGGCGAGAUUGUCAGGUAGAGAACGCAGCUGCUUUGCAAGAAAAUCCCGUUACCUCCACCAUACAAGAUUCGGUACCAGACAGAAAUGGACGUCCUAACGGAGACAAUGCACUUCACUCAAAUGAUGCCCCGCAGCUUCCCGAUGUUCUGACCACGCGCUUUUCAUUCGAUCAGUUGAAUGACGCACUCGACAGUGCCCACGACGAGAUGCGCACUCUUCAUCGUCAGUAUGACGAAUUACGAACGCUGGUGGCGGAGAGGUUUGGGAAGGGGAAGAAACUCGGAGGGCCGGAACAGAAAAUGACACAGAAGGUGGAGAGAGAAGCCCAAGUGAAAGAUUCUGCUGCUCCAUCUGAUUUACGAGUACCGGACACCAUCGUACAGAAUGGAGCAGAAACUGGAUCUCAGAUCGCCAUCGAAGGAAGUUCCUAUCACGAUCCAAAGCAAGGUGGAGAUGACAAUCUCGCCACUGAGAUCGCUCGACUCUCUGAGGAGGACGCAAAACGAGCGUUGACGGCUAUCGCAAGUAUGACGAACGUUCGCCCUUCGCUUUUGCUUUCCGAAGACUUUGGUUCUGCACCCUCCAAGCUGUCGCCACGCACUCGUGGCAACUUGGGUCUGCAAGACAUAUCGCAUGCCCUUGAUUUCGUGGAACGAGUUGACGAAAUUGUCUGGCGACGAUCCUCAAUACCGAUAAAGUCUUCUCUUGAUCCCGUCUUUUCGGCGGGCAACGUGGAGGGGCUCUUGUCUCGCCUUGAACUCUGGGAGAGAAUGGUCCGACGUUCUUCAGUUUGAAAUCUGGUUACACCUCAUGUGCGACAACUGUCGGCGGAGACGAGUAUCAAUGGAAUAGAGUUGUGCUCUUCCGGUACGACUAUGAAUCAUUCCGAUUCUUCGUACUGGUUACGGCAAAUGGCCGGUUUGGAACGCGAACUACGUGGCCCAGGUACCUCCCCGCAGGAGUCAGCUCAGAUCCGUUCGUUUUUCUCUCACUCUCCUACUUCGAGUGUGGCGCCUUGCGGUGUUCUACCUAUUCUGGCCUGCUGGGGGCUUGUAACGCUCAAUUAUCAUGGUGGCUGUAUGGACCCUGCUCGGGUAGCGCAUCUUUACGCUAAAUUGAAUAAGCGCAGUUUACAUCGUGGUUAACGCACGGAC